AUGGUGUCGUUCUUGAGCUCUAUUUACUUUCAUUUUGUAUGUGCUGAACAGAAUUUCCACACCAAAAAAAACCUAAAUCAACAAACGCGAUGCUCUGCUCGAACCUGGAGCAAUAUCACAAGAUUUCUAUACAUCACACACUUCCUACUCAUGGCACCUAACCGACGCGAGGAAAUCAAACAGAAACAAGAGCUCCAAGCUCGUUUUCAAUUUAGUAUAUCUCAAAACAAUGCCCUAGCGUUGCACUGGCUAAAACCGGCAUCAACAAACCAAAAUGAAACUCCAACAUCACCAUUGCAGUCAACACAAGAAACAGAUUCAACCAAUUCUACACGACCAGAUGAUGACUUUAUGAAAUUACGAGUAAUCCCACAAGGUUCAGGACUAAGUUCCAGAACAACACAAACAGUCGGAGAUUUCCUCAAUUCAAAGGACAUUAUUACUCAUCAAAAAAAUAAAGAUAAUGGCACUACAUCACGAAGGGGGAAUGGUAAUGGAAAGGGAAGUGUUGCCAUGAACGCAUUAUUGAACAAGAUGAGAAAUGAAACCAGAAAGGAACUUGGUCAGUCCCGUCAUACAAAUCAAAUGCAACAAAGUAAGAGUAAGAAGGAGAAAAAGAAUGAUAAGCAGAGGGUGAGUGCAGGAAAAAUCACUUCUUCCGCUGGUGGUGCUGUUGGAUUUGAUUCCGAUUCAGACUCCGAUGAUGAUGAUAUAAAAGCAUUCAAAUCGAGGUCGGUGAGUAAAAUCAGUUAUGGUAAAGUAGGAAAGAAACUGCGCCCAUUUUAA